CCAGAUAGAUUGUCAUGGCAAUAGUUUUAGUGUUAGGAGGAGGAGGGCGUGAGCAUGCGUUGGCAUGGAAACUAGCCCAGUCAGCAGAUGUGCGUCAUGUUUAUGUGUCCCCUGGUAAUGCUGGAACAGAGAGCUGCCCUAAAACAAACAAUGUAGAUGUUAAUGUGAAGAACUUUACAACAGUGGUAGAAUUCUGUCAGAAGGAAUCUGUUUCUUUAGUUGUGGUUGGACCAGAAGACCCAUUGGCUGCUGGGAUAGCUGAUCACCUGACUAGUCAAGGAAUCCCCUGUUUUGGCCCCAGUGCCAAGGCUGCCCAGAUAGAGGCAAGUAAGGAUUUCUCCAAACAGUUUAUGUCCAGACACAGAAUCCCUACAGCCAGGUUCUGCAGCUUCAUGGAUGCUAAGGAGGCAUGUCAACACAUCAACCAGGCUGACUACCCCGCUUUAGUGGUAAAAGCUAGUGGAUUGGCAGCAGGGAAGGGGGUGGUGGUCGCUAAAACUAAACCUGAGGCUUGUCAGGCAGUCUGUGAUAUGUUAAAUAACAAGAUGUUUGGAUCAGCAGGGGAAACAGUGGUUGUGGAGGAACUUCUGACGGGAGAUGAAGUCUCGUGUUUAGCUUUCUCUGAUGGCUCCACAAUAUCCAUGAUGCCCCCUGCACAGGAUCACAAACAACUGAAUGAUGGAGACACAGGCCCCAAUACAGGGGGAAUGGGGGCCAUUUGUCCUUAUCCUCUGAUAUCAGACAAAGAUUUGGAGAUCAUUAGAAAGGAGAUAUUACAGAGAGCUGUGGAUGGAAUGAAAAAGGAGGGCUUCCCAUUUGUUGGUGUUCUGUAUGCUGGGAUAAUGCUAACAUCUGCUGGACCAAAAGUUUUGGAAUUUAAUUGUCGAUUUGGAGACCCGGAAACACAGUCCAUCUUGCCUUUACUGGAGUCUGACCUGUAUGAAAUAUGUCAAGCCUGUGUGGAGGGAAAACUCACCCAGAACCUCCCACAGUUUACCUUGGACCUGUAUACAGCAGGGGUGGUUCUGGCUAGUGGGGGAUACCCUGGGGUGUACAAGAAAGGGUUUCUUAUCUCCGGUAUUGACGGGGUGGAGAAGAUGGGACCCAGAGUUCUGGUGUUCCAUGCAGGGACGGCCAAGCAAGAGCAGGGUAUAGUGACCAGUGGUGGGCGUGUCCUGGCUGUAGUGGCCGUGAACUCUGACCUCCAGUCAGCCUGUUCUGAAGCCCAGAAGUGGGCGGGAUUUAUUAAGUUUGAUGGAGUUUAUCAUAGGUCUGAUAUUGGAUUCAGGGUACUGGACAGGCAUCCAAAAACAGUUUCCCCCCAUCUCUCAUACCAAGAUUCUGGAGUAAACAUUGAGGCUGGUAACAGUCUGGUUAAGGCCAUUCAGCCAUUGGCUAAAGACACCAUGAGACCUGGAUGUGAUGCUAGUCUGGGUGGAUUUGGUGCUUUGUUUGACAUCAAAGCUGCAGGAUUCUCUGAUCCUAUGCUGGUGUCAGGUACAGAUGGAGUGGGCACAAAACUUAAGAUAGCUCAGGAAGUGGGUGACCAUUCCACUAUAGGUCAAGACUUGGUGGCCAUGUGUGUAAAUGAUAUCCUGGUACAGGGGGCGGAGCCUCUGUUUUUCCUAGACUAUUUUGCCACAGGUCACUUGAAUGUAGACACAGCCAGGGAAAUUAUCUCAGGGAUAGCCACUGGCUGUAGACAAGCAAGUUGUGCCCUUGUGGGGGGAGAAACAGCAGAGAUGCCAGGGAUGUAUCAGGGAGGGGAGUAUGAUCUUGCUGGAUUUGCUGUUGGAGCUGUGGAACGUGGACAAAUUCUACCCAGGAUGCAACAGAUGCUGGAGGGGGAUGUUCUGAUUGGUUUGGCUUCCAGUGGUCUCCAUAGUAAUGGGUUCAGUCUGGUGAGGAAGGUGGUGGAAAUGUCUGGGUUGGGAUAUGAUGUUCCCUCCCCCCUCCGUAAAGAAAAAACCCUGGGAGAAGAGCUCUUAGUGCCCACAAAGAUUUAUGUCACAGAGUUACUUCCCUUGAUGAAUCAGGGUCAUGUGAAAGCUUUUUGUCACAUCACAGGAGGGGGUCUAAUGGAGAAUCUCCCCCGCGUUUUACCAGGUCAUCUGAAGGCUCAGAUUGAUGCCAGUCUGUGGUCUGUACCGUCAGUCUUUGGUUGGCUGGCUCACAAGGGCAACAUUACAGCUAGUGAGAUGGCCCGGACAUUUAACUGUGGAGUGGGUGGGGUUCUAGUGAUUGACAGAUCCCUGACAGAGUUUGUUCUACAACAUUUACUGACCUCAGGGCUGAAGGCCUCUGUCAUAGGAAAACUGCAGGACAAGCAAGGGGGAGAGAGUGUUGAAAUCAAGAAUCUACAAAAAGCACUGACCGAGUCAUGGAAAGUCCCCUGUGUCUCUAAGAAAAAGAAAGUUGGAGUUCUCAUUUCUGGAUCAGGAACCAAUCUUCAGGCUUUGAUAGACAGUACUAGAGGAGAGAACAACAACAGCUCCUCAGAGAUUGUCCUAGUCAUCUCAAAUAAAGCAGGGGUCCAGGGACUCGAGCGCGCUCAAAAGGCAGGGAUCAAAACUAAGGUGGUUAACCACAAGGAGUUUAGGAGUCGUGUAGAAUUUGAUAUGGAGGUAGACAGAGUUCUGAGAGAGGCUGCAGUGGAUAUUGUUUGUCUGGCUGGCUUCAUGAGAAUUUUGUCAGGAGAGUUUGUGAAGAAAUGGAGGGGGCACCUGUUAAAUGUUCAUCCAUCACUGCUGCCUUCUUUCAAAGGUCAUAAUGCACAUGAACAAGUCCUCACUGCAGGGGUCAGGAUUUCUGGGUGCACGGUUCACUUUGUAGAGGAGGAAGUUGAUGCUGGGGCCAUUAUUGUCCAGGAGUCAGUUCCUGUGUAUCCUAGGGAUACUGUCACCUCAUUGGCUGAGAGAGUAAAGAAGGUGGAGCAUAAAGCCUUCCCACGAGCCCUAGAACUGGUGGCCAGUGGACAAGCGAUUCUGAAGGAUGGAGACAUACAGUGGAGAUAGAGAGGAAGAGUGGACAGAUGUGUGAGACAAUAAAUAACAUGUACUCAGGAAAAAAAUAACAAAAAAGAAUAUUAAAAAUCAUGAUGUGUAUAGUUAAGCCUUAGAAAUUUCAAAAUCAUGUAAUUCAAUAGAACUUCUUUAGUGUUCUACAUAUGUAUUUGUAGCCCCCUCCUGGUCUGUCUUGUAUACUGUGCACAAUAAGUUGACCAGGUAAAGUAACUUUGGAAUUGCACUUUAAAGGAAUCAACUUACUGGUACUAUUUGACCCUUAAAAUUUGGAAAUGUACUUUUCUAUACAGUCAUAUAGUGUACCUGGCCAUGAAGGGUCAACUAACUGUAUCAACUUGCUCACUUGCUGCUAAUAAAUUGUUUUUUUAACCAAAUAUGAAAUGCUACAAAUAUUUUUGAUAUUUCAUUUUGUAUUUAUCUUUGUUUUGAUGCAAGUAUAUAAACUAUAGACAUGACAUAUUACCUCUCAUAAGAUAUAACUGCAUACAAUUUGCAGUCAAACACCCAAACCCUCAAAGAAAGAAAAUGCUCUCAUUACUAAAAUUAAUGCAAAGAGAUGAAAGGGAGAUAAUGUUUACUGUUUAAUGAAGUAAAAUCAUUUGCAUAUAUAGCUGAGUUUGAAUCUCAUUUUUUGUAAUUCUCAUAUGCUAAAAAACCUGUGAUAUGAUGCAAGGGCAUAAUAAUAGUUAAUUUAUAAUCAGUAUACUGGUAUACUGUAUACAGGGAAAUUUUCACCUCUGUUUUAUUUUCGCCUCUUUCUCCCUACACACUAGUGAGCAAAUUUAAGACAGGGCGAAUUCAAAGAAGACAGUAUAAUUACUUAAACAGAACGGUGACUUGGCGAAUUUAAAAUGGAGCAAAAUUGUUUGCAGGUAUGAUAGGGCGAAAAUAAGACAGAGUGAAAAUAACCCUGUAUACAGUAUUUUGAAUGAAAUUCUAAGCAUAAUAAAUACAAAAGUGACUCAAUUAUUUAUCAUACAGAUAAGUCUGUAAUUUUUGUAAUAUUGACUUUUGAAUUUCUGCUCCAAUAUAUCAGACUUGAUCCGUAUUUUGUUCAGAAGGACUAAUUUUACUUUACUUUAUUCUCUGCCACCUGUCAAGUUUAUUAUGUUCUCUGCUGUCAGUAAAUUUUCUGAAGAAAUGGGCUGUCAAUGGGAGGCUAGUUUAAAUCACAAAUGUUUUUGUUACUUGAUUGUUUGUAAUGCAAUAACUCAUUUUUUUUAAAAGUUUAUUUUCUUUAAAUUAAAAAAGUGAGGAUGCCAUAGAUACACUGUAUUUACAAUGAAAGUGCCAUACUCAAAGCCAUAAUGUGAGCUUCAACAUAUAUAUAGCUUUAAAUGUAACCUGUUAAGAAUACAUAUGAUGCUUUACUUUCAUGUAUAUAUCUAAAUGUUCUGUGUUUUUGUUAUUGUUGAAGGUAAUAAAAGAAAAUAAAUAA